AUGGCCCAGAACGAAAGCCUUGUCGACGUCUUGAUAGUCGGUGCAGGCCCAGUAGGUCUAAUCACAGCCUACCAACUGGCCCGAUUCGGGGGCGGCGUCUCCGUGCGCAUUGUCGAGAAAAGCCCAAGACCCGUCCAGGAUGCAUACGGUCGCGCCAUCACUCUUUUCCCACGAACCAGCGAGAUGCUGGAUCAGCUGGACUUGGCAGACGAGCUACUGCAAGAGGCCUUCGCAUGCCGGGAGACAGCUGCCUAUAAUUCGCGAGGCGAAGAGGUAAAUGGAAGGGGCUGGAGCUUCAUGAACCAAAUGAAGGACACUGCCUUCGACUUUCCCCUCGUGUUGAGGCAGAAAUACCAGGAGGAGAUAUACAGAAAGGCGCUGAAAAGGCACGGCAUCGAGGUAGAAGCACCUGUCGAGCUCGUCGGAGUUGACAUUGACAACGCGGCCUCGUCAAGCUGCCAUUCUAUCACCGCCACAGUCCAAGACGCCGAGAAGCGUGUUCUUGGGACUAUUAAAUGCAAACGACUCAUCGGAGCCGAUGGUGGUCGCUCUUCAGUCCGACGUUUGCUAUCCAUUCCCUUCGAAGGCACGACGAGCGAAGAUAAAUGGGUUCGGGUGGACGGUUACGUCAGGACAGACUUGCCUAAACCCCGUACGUACUGCUCAAUCGAGUCUCUAACUCAUGGUAACGUGCUAUGGGUUGGUUUAGAUCGCGGCGCGACUCGAAUUGGCUACGCCUUCACUGACGACCGCGCUAAUGCGUAUGCCGAGUUCGACGAGCAAGCUGCUAUCACAGAAGCCAUCGCGGCGGUCAAGCCGUUUAGUCUUGAGUUCGAACAGGUCGAGUGGUGGACCAUAUAUACUGUGGGUCAACGGGUUGCGAGAAACUUCUCCGUCAAUAAUCGAGUGUUCCUCGUCGGCGACGCAUGCCAUACUCAUUCCUCAGGUGCGGCGCAGGGACUAAAUACGGGUAUUCACGAUACGGUAAACCUAUCUUGGAAGCUCUCGAUGGUUCUUAGGGGCCUGGCACUCCCUAUGCUACUAGAUACCUAUGAGAUGGAGAGGCGACCAAACGUCCUAAAGCUUAUCCGCUAUGAUGCGGAUAUAAGCCGUCUUAUGACUAAUCGGUUACCUGAGACUUGGCAAGGAGAACCUACAGCUGAUGUCAACGAAGUCCUUGGACAGAUCAUGGAAGAGGCUGGAACCUUCAGCAGCGGGUUAAGCAUCGCCUACGAGCCCACGAUAGAUAAUCCACUUGUUAGUUCUACUCAGUCAUCCGGGCAGCUUAAGCCUGGAAUGAGAGCACCAGAUAUCCCUCUCCUGAAACCCGGUACUUUCGAGCGUACGCGCCUGAUCCGAGAGACCCCGAAUGUAGGAUCUUUCUAUGUGGUCUUUUUUGUUGCGGGGGGCUUACAAGGCUUGCCAAUGGCCAGUCUUCAGACGAUCAAGCAAUCAAAACUCCUUAAUGAGUAUAUCAUAAAUCGCUCUAUUACUAACUUGACCAUCCUUCCAACAAAAGUCCCUUCGGUAUAUGGCUCACUUGGACGUGCCUACUUUGACAUUGAAACACAGACAGGCUACCAGCGGUAUGGCGUCAAUCUAGAUCGUGGAGGUAUCGUUGUCAUACGGCCUGAUGGUUGGAUAUUCGCUCUGAUAUCCGUAGAUACUGAUGUAACUCGUGAGUUAGAGUCCCUGUUCAGGGGUAUACUAUAUGAUCCUCUACGAGAGUGUACGCAAUGAAUAGAAAUGAAGCUUCGUCUGAGCCUUUACCAUUGCGCUCGUCUCAUUCAUCAUCGAUACUUUAAUCUGGAUACGAUUUUACCAUCAUUACAUGAUCAUGAGUUGUCGUCAUGGGAGGGUAACAAUUAUCCUCAUUCAUCCGAGAAAAAGCACCUCUACAUGAUACCUCCCUACCCAACGGUAUUAGCUCACGUAUGCCGAUAUCGGCGAGAAAAGAGGCUAUUCCCAUGAUCAUACCCUCUUCACCCCACGCGUA